AGUCCACACUCAGUUCGUCAAAGAGAGAGAGAGAGAGAGGAGGUGCAUAAUGGACCCGGUCCCUCUGCUGCUCAUCUUGGUCUCUUAUGUGCCGCUCGGCUCGGCGAUCUACGACGGGCCCCUCCAACCGGAGAUCUCCAAUGGCUCCUUCCAUCACUUCUUCGUCCCAGACGGGGAUUACGAGGAGAACGUGGACCCGGAGGAGUGCCAGAUGCUUUUUAAAUUCUCGGAUGUGUAUCCAUGCGGGGCCUCAGAGGAGCGGGACUCGGUGGUCCGGGACGACUUCAUCAUCUCCAAGCUGCAGGCGGAGGACGCGGCGCGGCUGCUUGAGGGCAUCGGGCGGACUGUGGCGCACGACCUGGACGGAGAGGACAGUUACGGGAAGUUCCUGCAGAGGGAAAUCUCUCAGAUCGGUGAAGCUUUCUCCAGCGUGGACAAGUCUCUGUUGGAGCUGGAGGUAAAGUUUAAACAGAGUCAGGAGACGGAGCUGAGAGAAGAGCAGCAGCUGAACGGAUACGUGAUGAAGCAAGUGAGCGACAUCAGGGGCGCACUGAGGGGAACCACCGACAUCUCUGUUGGACUGAAGGACAAACACGAGCUGCUGUCUCUCAUCAUCCGCAGUCAUGGUAGCAGACUGAGUCGUCUGAAGACAGAAUUCCUACAUGUUGGCUCCUAACAGUUCAAAGUGUGUGUGUGAGUGUGUUUGUGUUUCUGUGUGUUUCUGUGACCCUCCAGUUCAUCAAACAACUGGAAAGUUUGCUGUGGGUUAUGAAUAUCCCUCCUAAGUAUGUUGAAUGUGUCAUUAGAGGGGGAAACAGCAGCAUAGUCCUCUGAGUCAGGAGGGGAAAAGGAAAUGUGAACAUGAAUUGUGUCUGCAUGGAGUCUUCUGUGCCACCUCUGAGGAUGUAUUUUAUUCUGGAGGGAGAAAGAAAAUAAAACCCUCCAACAAGAUCUAUUCCCCUCAGAAUCAAUAAACAAGCUGCUUUUUGUCUGUAUAGUGUAAAUUAUGUUGCCUUUACAGUUUAAGUAUUUACUGAUCAAAUAAAUGUUUCAUAUUCAUCUAAUAUCUGAAAGUUGUCUGCUGCUUACAAGCUUGUCCUGAGAUGUUUCAAGCCAAAGCUUAUAGUGUGUAAAAAUACAUGUCCAUCCUUUGAAGCUUGAAUUUUCCAUAGACAGUGAAAACCUUUGAAAUCUGUUCUUUUUUAAUAUCCAGCAGUAGAAUAGACUCCCCCCCCCCUUCCUCCUAGUCAUCUAUUUACGUCCCCAACUUUGUUGUCGGCAUUACAAGUAGCAGUCUCGACCAUCCCGUCAAACAGCCCUGGUUAAUUGGCGACUGAGGUUUGUAACUGCCUCCCACUUCCAUCUGGAAGUCAUCUACUGCAGUAUGAAAUAUGUUUGUCCGGAGGCAACCGUUGCUAUCAUUAUCUGCCCUUUAGUGUGUCAUGAUCUAUAAAAAUUUGUGAUUGAUUUGACGUUUUUUGUGUGUUGAGAUUCUGUGUUUGUUUGAGUUAUUAUGAGCACUAUAAAUAGAGUUAUAGAUGACACGCAGCUUGUAUAAUCUCUAAAGAGACCACUGUUUUUUUCUUCUGCUGUUAUGACAGAAAACAUUGUUUUUUUCAGACACAGUUUAUGUGAGAAAAGUUGUUUAGAAUUCCUGGAAGGCAUUAGUCCUUAUCUACUGCCAGACUGUUUAGAUUUACAGUGCAGUGGAUUUAAUACAGAAAAAGCCUUUGGUAUAACGUGUGUAGUUUCCAUCUUUAACUAGCAUUUAAAAUUAUCUUGUUCCACCCGAUGUCUGCAACAACCACAAUAUAACUGCCACAAGCGUGCCCACUUUUUGUUUUCUACAGAUAAUGUCUCUGUAGAUGUGAAUGAGCCAGAUGUGCUGCCAGGGGCGCAACUGGGUGUGAUUUCCUCUGUCUGGUUUUCCUCACAGUCCGGCUUCCCCUGAGGGACCCCUUUUUAAAAACAGCUCUGUGUAGCUCAGCACAGUUGGGGCCAACCCUUUCAGAAACCCCAAACUCCAUGUGUGGAGAAACCCUAUAUGCCUGUAUGACGUUUAAUUGUCAGGGGCGCAUGAACAGGGCUCACAAGAUUUCACUGAAAGAUUUGGUUAAAUUUCCACUAGUGUCAGUAAAAGUAGAACAGGUCAGGAAACCUCUCAAGGCAAACUCAGCCACCCUACUUAGUUUGUCUUUUUUGGCUCUAAUCGUUAAUUCCACCUAUAGGGAAGUGUGUUUUUGUGGUUUCAGGUCUCUGGUGCUAAGAAGGAGGAAGGCUUUUUAUGGAAGAAUGUAUUCUCCUCACGGACAUAUUUUAAGGACAAACAAAGAAAAGGUCAGGAAUGUUGACCUGAGAUCACACUGAUCCCUCUCUGAGGAGAGCCAGAAGCCCUGGAGCCACAUACCUCUGUGCUGUUAUUAUUAGACAGAUGAGAGCUAUUUGAAUUCUAUAACUGCUACUGGUCCUGCCAGUAUGACUGUAAUAAAUACCCCUGUAUAUUACAACUGUUAAUACUACUUGUAUCAUCCUUCAAUGAAAUAUGCUGCUAAAAGUCAGUCAUAGUCCUUGAGAGGAGAUGGUCUUUAAUAACUCUUCAAGAAUGAGCAGCUUCAGUUCUAUAGUUCUCUGCCUGUUGUUAGGCUGAAUGAAAGUAUGUUUUAGACAGCAUUUCCAGUAUGGCAAUCGCCAAUGAGGCUUCGUCCAUGUUUAUUUACAGUCAGUGCUUGUUCUGUGCCGGCUAAUCCUGAUUCAAACCUGAAAUGUUUAUUUUUAAACAACAUAAGGCAGUGCUCUCACAGACACAGAUAAGACACGUUUAUUCAAAGGAACAUUUACAUGUAAUAUUGUUGGGGACAUGUAAAGAUCAAAAUGUGUUAUUUUAAGCCAAAUUAUGAUUAAAUAAUGUUACAUACUAUAACUGUAAUCCACAAUCUUUAAACUAUUUCAUUACUAAACUGAAGCCCAUGUUAUGGAUUGAAAUGAACAACAUUGGCACCAGAGCCUCUAUAGAAUCAUUGCCCUUUUGGAGAACCCCAAGGAUCAGUCCUUGGUCCCUGGUUGUUUUCCAUUCCACUGCUAUCUCUUGGAAACAUAAUCUGACAAUAUUAGUUUCCAUUUUAACAUAGAUUGUAAAAAGCUCUAUACUUUUGACGUUAAGUUAAAUUAGCCAUCUAAAAGCUUCCAUUUGCAUGUUUAAAACGAUAGUUCAAACAUUUGUCUUUUGCGAAAUUGUUUUUAUUGGUCUGAACCUAAUAGAGUUUUUUUAAACUUAUAUUGUACCAAUCCUCUUUUCAAAAAAUGCUUGUUACAAAUAUGAGGUGUAAUACAGUCUCAAAUCUUCUGUUUAUUUUUAAUGUUAUAGGCCAUACAGGACACAAAGGAUUUUAUCUAAAUAAAGAAAUGGUUAUUAUAAUUAAUUUUGGUAUUAUUUUCAAAUAUGAUUUAAAAAAGAACAAAUUUUAAUGCACAGUCCCAGAGGGAAAUAGAUAAUCUGUUCCUGCAUUUUGUAGAAAUUAUGAACGGUGCAAUAAGAUGGAGAGAAUUACUGGUGUGCUGUGUAUUUCAACAUCAUCAGAAAUUACAGAAUGAGAUGAAUCAUUUCAGUAUUGAUGAUAAACAGCACAUUAUUUUGAAAGAAUCAGCAUGUUUAAACCUCAUGAGAACACAUUUAGUCUCCAGUGGUCAGUAUGGUGUUAACCAGCUAUGAAGGCUUUCAGUGCUGCAGCUGCACUAAACAACUCUAAGAAGGUAAUAAAUAUAAUUCAAGCAACGCAGCAGUGAAGAGGAGGCACUGAGGAGAGGAGACACUCCAGGGACUGAGUGAAGCAAGCGAGUUAGCUGUCAGUAAGAUUUAAUUUGUCAUAACAAAGUUGUGGUUAAGUCAUUACAGCUCAAAGUAAAUGGUAUGUGUGUUGUUAAUGGAAAAAAGAACCUUCGAUAUUAAUCAAUCAUAAAAGAAAUGUACACUUGUGCUUAUUUCAUGAGAUCAAAGAGCUACUGAUGUCAUUAUUUGGACUCGAUGUCUUUGUAUGAAUAAGUGGUGUUCAUUAAAGGAAGUUUUAUUUUACUGUAA